AAGAUGGAUCAGAAAUGUCGCAAGAGAAGAAACGUGAGGGUGAUAUUCCCUGUCAGCGUGAGUCAAAGCAUACAGCUGAUAUGAUGCAUCCAGCAAAAGAAGCAAAAGCAAAAGAUGCACAGCCCUUGCAAGAGCAACAUUCCACACAUGUUUCAAAGACUAAACAAAUUAUAGAAAAUAGUGAGACAGAAAGGAAUGAGCAGAGACUGCCCUCAAGCUCCCUCCCUCCUCAGCAAAUAGAAGAAAAAAUAACCAAAUAUCCUGAGAGUACUGAGAAGACGGAUCGUUCUCCUGAGGCGAAUGAUGGUCAGACAGACUUACAAACCACCCUCCCUGAGAAACAAAAGGAAGUUGAUGAUGUUGAUGAAAAUGUUAACAUUGUGAAGCCUAGGGAUAACCUGUCUGAUGUAACUGUGGCUAUAAAUGAAAAUGCUAAUGUUUCAUCAAUCUCAAACAAAGGCAAUGUUAUUUCCAGUGAAUCUUUUGAGAGAGGGCCACAGCAGAAUGUAGAAGGAAGUUUUCUUGACAAUAAUUCUAAUGUUGAUAAUGUUAAAAAUCUAGAGAGUACUGUUCCAGCUUUUAAAAUUGGGAAUAUAGUUGAAAGUGCAGAGCAUGAGGAUAGUUCCUCUGAUGAAAGCAGUGAAACUGAGCCUAGCACUAUAGUCUAUGUUGAUGAUUAUCCUUGUGAAGUUAGAGGUUCCAUGCAGAAGGAAAUUGAAAAACAAGGUGCUCAUAAUGCAAUUGAACCAGAUAGUAUUGUACCUUCUAAAGAAAAAGUUUCAGAGGAAGCAAUGGCUCUUGCUGAAUUUGAAAGAUUGGAGCUUGUUCAUGGCAGAAUUGAAGGACAAGUAACAAGUAUAAGUGAAAAUGGGACAGAUAAACAGAAGAAAGACAGCACUGAUGUAUCUUCAGGUUAUUGUGAACCCUUAGCGAAGAAUGUGGACAUGACACAUGAUGUUGAAAAGAAUAAGGAUAAUAUGAAAGGAAAGGGAAGUGAAACUUUGGGAAAGUCUGACAUCAAAGAUGGCACUGUGUUGCAAACAGAGUCCACUACUAAUCUGCCUGAACAAGUUGUAAUACAAGGGGAGAAAAAAGAUGCAGUGGAACCAAGUGUUAGUUGUCAGGUACCAUUGAAAAUUGAUGUGGUGGAAAGCAUACCUCAUGUUGAAAUCUAUGAUUCCGAAGAAGAGUGCCUUGUUGUGCAGGUGACUGAAAGUAAGGAUAGUAGAUAUAGAGAAGGUAAUUGGCCUGGCAGCAAAACUGAAUCUAAAAGUGAAGAUGAGGUUGUGGAAAUUGUAGCUAAGAGCCUAGAGAAGCCAAAUAAUGAAAUGGAGUUAGCACUGGAGGCCAGCAAUAGCAUGAGGGACUUAGUGCCUGAGAAAGUGUCAGAGGAUGCCAUGAAUCAGGUACUGAAUCUCUUACGGGCCAAGCAAAGGCAGGAAUUAGAGGCAUUGCGAAGGCGCCAGGAAGAAGAGAUACGGCAGUUUAUACAACAGCUGCAACGUGUUUCUCCUAAACAAUUGCAGGCUUUUCUGUCUGCAAGUACCAUCACGUGUGGAAGUAUUGAGGGAAGACCUGAUGAUGAUUUGCAUCAAAGAUCAGAAGGAAAUUUCUCCAUUAGUGAUUCUGAUAACUUUAAAAUUAGCAAGGACAGAGGUAUAAGAGGAAGCAGUCCUGGAAGGUCACAUAUAGAAGUUGGUUUGUAUAACAAAAACGAUAAAAGCAGCGUUAAAAGUGAAGGGAGAGGGACAAAAGAAGAACAAAGCAGAUAUUUAAUUUCGUCCAAACCAGUGGAAGAGAUGACCAGUAAAACUGAUAAUUUUUCCAUAAUGCAUCCCUGUGCCUCCACUUGUAAUACCGUAUCUAGUUCUUGUGCUUCAGUUGAUAUACCUUCUAGAACAUACAGUGAAAAGAUCAGUGGUGCUGAACAAAUACCUAGACCAUCUAACCACACCAAUAUCAUGCCUUCCUAUUUUGUGAAUGAAGAAACUAAGAAAGCUGCAGAUUCAUUAGGAAAUGUAGUAAUGACUGGAGAAGCUUCCUCCCACCUGAGCAGCAGUCCUCACAAUGUGUCUUAUUCUGGUUCUAGCCCAAAACAUGCCCAAGCUAAUGAAACUGAUCUAUCCUUGCAUGCAAAAAAUAACAAUAUACCUGUGGAAGGUCUAGAUCAAGUCAGUUAUGUUAAUGGCAACUGUGUGAGUUAUGGAGAUGGCAUGCAAUAUUACAGACUUUUUACUGCAGAUGAUGAAGGGCAUGGAUCAAGACCAAGAUCCUGUCGCCCAACUGUGUUAGAACCUGUAUUACAGUCAAACUCCUCCCAGAUAGUCACACAACCAGGUCUCUUUAGAGUGGUGAGUGGCAGCCCAUGGCCUAGUCCUCGACCAACAAGUAUCACAAGUCUUCUUGCAGAGCAUCCUGAGAUGUUUAGUGAUGAAGUAGUAGAAAUGAAUCUACAACAUAUUAAUGACUGGGGUCCUCCAGAAGUAAGUGUGAGAGAACAUACACCAGCUGCCCAACAUUCCAGUAGAACACAUCUUGUGACAGUGCCUCACCAUUCUGCUGCAAGGUGCCAUAGUAGUGCCAGCCAUCAAAGAGGGUCGUCUGAAGAAGGAGGAUUAGAUAUGGUCCCAGAGAGAGAGUCUGCUGCAAAUAUCUACCAUCAUCCCCUAAGUCAGAAUGCAAUAUUCAUCAGAGGGAUUACACUGCUCCAAGCCUGUGUACGCCGCUUCUUAACUCAGAGACUUUUCCGGACCAAAUUUGUGCAAGAACAACUGGCAAUUCUUGCAGAAAUUGCUAAAUUGGCACAACAGUUCCAUAGAGAUAUCUUAACCGACAACAUCCACAAAGGAGAUGUAGACUUUCAUAAGGCAUUAUACAAUCAGGAGGGAAUGGCAAGGGAAAGGAUUCGCCGUGUGUUCGUUGUACUUACAGUCCAAGAGCAGAUGUCCCUCAUCCGUCGUGAUCGCCAGUUAUGGAAGAUGCAGCAAGACAAACAAUUACCCAGCACUUCACAGUCAUCUCCAACUCACACAAGUACAGUGAGGAGUAGGAGUGGGGCUGCUGAAGCCAGAGUGAGAGGGACACCAACACGAAUAGCAAAAAAGAGGCCUUCACCCCCGCAUCAAAGGUCCCAGCAAGAAGGAAGAACUCGGUGUGCAUCACAUGGACGGACAUCACAGCUUGUUCAGCCAUCCCUCAUAACACAUCAAGCAUCAAAUCUUUCUUCCCGAUCAAGUGUGACUAGUGAACAUAGAGUAUCUCCUAAAGGAGGGAAACUACCAUUACAUGUAGAACGGUCCGCAUCACACUUAGAUGCACCCAUGUCACAUCACUACUCAAGACAAUCGCCACAUAUCAGGUCUCCCUCUCAGGAUAGUAAGUCAGGUCAUCACACAAGCAGUACCAGGUGUUCAGUCCACCCUCGCAGCAGCAGUGUAUCGCAACUGGAAACCAGAUCUGGAUCACACCAUUUGUCUCAUUCAUCCAGUCAUUUGCCAGGGUCUCAUCAUAUGACCAGGAGUGCAUCACAUCAGUCAGGAAAGACAAACUCGCGAACUUCAGGCAUCAGUGGUACAAGAAGCACUUGUACUGCAAGAAGUACCUCAAUGUCCAACAGUCCACGACGAGGUAAAGUUUAUGAGGAAUGUGGCCCUUCUCUUAGCUCUCUUGACACCAAAAUUUUGUAAUUUAUUUAUAUUUUUUUCCUUUAUUUCAUUGACUGGUUUAUGUCACAAAACCUAUGUGUUGCCCCACUUCCAGAAUUUGUACAAACAUCCAUUCUUUUUAUUUUAUUAGUCACUAUAACUGCAGAAUUUUAUUUUAACCUGUUUUUGGUUGUCAUAAGAUUAUAUCAUUGUCAUCAUCACAUCAUGAUCAUAUGUGUAUGAUGAUCAUCAUCACAGUUGUAAGAUACUAGGCAGGAAGAGUCUGAUGUUAAAUGAAUGUUUCUUGAAGAUGCUUCUAUUUUUUUUGCUGUCUUUUUACUGGUUUUCAAAAAGGAAAAAGGGGUUGUGUUCCAGCUUCCUGUCCUGAAGUUUUUGUUCUGAGUAAACAAGUUUCAAGACACUGGUUAUCAGGAGGUUCUGUUUCUCAUUUAUUAGAGAUCUGCUCUCAGUAAUUUUUCCUCUGUUUAUCUUGGGCACAUUAGGACUUAUUUGUUAAAAGAUGUUAUAUAUAUUUUUUAUAAGUACUGCAUGUAUUAUAUUUUUUUGAAAUGUACUGCAUGUAUUAUAUUUUUAUACUGUU